AUGGAGGAAAAUGAGGAAAGUCCAAUUGAAGUAGCAAUCAAAAUUGAUUGCAAUGAAUCCUUUUCAGAAUGGUUACAAUCAGACAUGCCUCUUAAUAAAGUACGGGAAUACAUAGCAGAAAAAAAAGACUUGGACCCAAAAAAACUUCAAUUUAAAAAAAAUGAGAAUGAUACACCAAUUGAACAUAAAGAUGAAGAUAAAUUGUCUGGAAUCCUUUGUAAAAAUAAAUUUAUUUACAUUACUACCGACAAGUCCAAAAUUGCGAUUAAUGUUCGAAUUGAUGAUCAAACGGAAACACAUUUUUUAAGCAUGAAUGAGAAUCUCACCAGCAUUCGAAAACAUUUUGAAAGAGAAAAUAUUUAUAAAAAUUUUAUCUUUAAAAUGAUGGUCAAUAAAAUUGGGGAUGAAAAAGAAAAUUUCAUUGUUAUUAGCCAUAGAGAUGAAAGCGAAAAAGCGUUAGCUGAAGUUCUUAAGAAUAAAGUUUUAUUUAUCUCUGCUACCACCAUAGCCAUGGUUAUUUCCAUUAUAGACAAAGCUGACGAGAAAAAUAAUGUUCAUUUUAAAUAUGAACUGCCUAAAGAGGCAACGCUCGAGAACAUUCGAAUGACACUUGAGAAAAAUAGCAAUGAAGCGCAUAAAAUGAAAUCAAAUUAUUAUUUUUUAGAUAAAGAUGGGGUUCUAAUUGCGCGUGAAAAUGAGACUAAUAGAAUAUUAUCCGAUAUUACUGAAGAUGAAGUCAUUUUAAAAAUUAUUAAGACAUCUAGUCUUGAUUGGACUCAAUUGAUCGAGAAGUCCACAAAUGGAUUCAUUCUCAAGGAUUAUUCAAUUGAAAAAGCCCCGAAAAAAGUAUUCAUUAUACGCAACAAAGAGAAAGUGGUGUGUGACUUAAAAUCUAAAGUUUAUGAAAAAGAAGUUGGAUAUAGCUAUAAACUGGAUUCAUCGUGCAAGAAUAAUUUCGUUUUUGAUGGAAAUAUCUCAGCUAUUCUACCUUGGCUUAGUUUUUCUUUGGGUGUAUCACUAAAAUCUUUAGAUCAAAAUCUUAAAACAGUGUCGACUUCGAAAAAAUAUUCCUGUAAGAAAGUACAAAUGGCUGAAAUUAAAAUUUCGAAAGAUGACAUUUAUCCAACUCGAGACUUUGAAAUUGAUGUUAAAGAAGCAUUAAAGGGACGCAAUAAGGUACAAAAACUUCGCGAUAUUACAAAAAAAUACGGUUCAUUUUACGCACUUCGUGUUGUUUUUGGUGGUAUAGUUUUUAAUAAAAGUCUCAACAUUGAAAGAUCAAGUGAGAUAAAAACAACAAAUGGCAUAAACGCACAGACGAGUGUGGGGACAAUGCCUAAUAAUAUUAAAUUAGCUAACAGCAUUAAAUAUGAAUCAGAGAUCGAAAAUAGAUCAUUAGACAUCAAUUCGGAUGCGAUUAAUCAGGUUAUUGGUGGAAAUAAAGCAGCAUAUUUUGACCAAGAUGGUUUAAACAAAUGGAUGGAGUCUCUUGAAGAUCAUAAAUCAUGGGACAUAAUUGAAUAUGAUGAUUUUCAUUUUAUUUUCGAUUUAUUAAAUGAUAAUUUGCAAGAAAAGAUUAAGAAGGCUUUAGGUCAACGAAUUUUAAAAAAGAAUGUUGAGCCUCGUUUCUUUAUGUUCGAUGAAUCCAGAAAACCGGCCAUUUAUAAAUUAUAUAAGGAGUUGGAAGAUAUUCCAAAUAUAUUCGAAUGUCAAAUUUUUACAUCUAUAAUGAGUGAGAAAGGUAAAGAUAUCUUUUCUUCUCGCAUCGAUUAUUUGGAUGAAUAUAGCCCUACAAUCCUUGUUCAUCAUAUUGUAAGCAACGAAAAACGGCGAAAACUAAAAAAAUUAAUCGAGUAUGCUCAUUAUAAUGUAAGCAACGAAAAACGACAAAAACAAAAAAAAUCAAUCGAGUAUGAAAUUCAAAUUAGUUGGGUAGUUAUAGGUUAUCCCUCCAACUUUGAUUUUAACCAAGAAGAAAUUGAUAGUGGCAAAUAUGAUAUAAAAAAUAAUGAAAACGACCAGUAUAUUGUAGAAAUUCCACUAGCAAACGCCAACAUUCUGGAAACUUGUUUUUUGGGCACGUGUGUAUUAGAAUCAUCAAAUGAUAUACCAUAUGAUCCUAAAUCAUCAACAAUUGCAGUUAGCGUUCAUUUUUCUCGGUCAAAAAAUUCUGCAUGUCUAUUCAUUCGUGAUCUUAAUAUUAAAAAAAGCAAAAAAAGCAACUUAGUUGCUGACAAAAAUUUGUUAAAAAGUACCAUUGCAAGCAAUACACACAAAAGUGAACUGUUUGACAUUAACUGGAAAAAUGACAAGUCACAACCGCUAAUCUCUUAUGGAACUGAAAACCAGAAAUGUCUAUCAAAUGCUAUUAAACAAACUAGGCAGCAGAAAACCCCAUUCUUGACGAGUAUAAUUUUUGAAACCUGUCCAUCCGAAUGUAAGUAUCAUGGUCUUGUUAAUAUUACUUCCGAAAAAGUAAUGUAUGGAUCAUUAAAUGAUGUGCCACUUGAGAGAAAUAUUAGCUCAAUUUUGUACUUUGGUGCUUUACAAAAUAUAA